CUAAAGACAUUGAAUAAUAAAAAUAAUAAAAAAUAAGUUGAAAAAAAAGUGAAAAGCCCAAAUGAGGUUAGUUGGGUAACAUUUUGAUGGAUAGUUUGAGAUCUCCCCGGCCCAACCAUGUUCUUUAACGGAGCCUUUUUUAUAAAAGGAAGCCGUCUUUGCUUUGCCUGUCGAGUCUUAGGGUUCGUUUCCGCCAAACUCUCGUCUUCCGCCUCCCGCCUCCGGCGACGAUCCAUGGCUAAGAGGACCAAGAAGGCCGGUAUAGUGGGAAAGUAUGGUACCCGGUACGGUGCUAGUCUCCGGAAACAAAUUAAAAAGAUGGAGAUUAGCCAGCACAUGAAGUACGACUGUGAGUUUUGUGGGAAGUGUGCAGUGAAGAGAAAGGCUGUGGGUAUAUGGGGAUGCAAGGAUUGUGGCAAAGUCAAAGCAGGAGGGGCAUAUAUCUUGAACACUUCUAGCUCGGUGACGGUCAGAAGCACUAUCAGAAGACUAAGGGAGCAGACCGAGAACUGAGUUGCAUGACCCGUUCGUUUUCUUGGUUAUGAUAUUUAUCUAUGUUUCGAUAUUCGACUUUUGUACUGUAAGUUUCCCAUUUCGAUUGAGUCUUUGUGGUAUUCAGACUAUUUUUUGAUAAGAUUCUCUUGUAAGGUUGGUUGAACUAGCUGGUUUUACAUUCAUGACUAAAUAUGGUUUGAUGCA